AUGCCUGGUGCGGAUGCAUCUCAUACUGCCUUAGGCCUAUUUGAUCUCUUGACGGUUUAUACGACGCGGCAACUUUCUCUGCCCUCGGACACCCUGAAUGCCAUGCUUGGCAUUUUGAAUUUACUAUCUCAAAAGAGGGAAAAGCCCAUUUAUCAUAUUUGUGGCGUCCCCAUUCUGCGUCUCAACAAUGAGAAAUCCGGAAUAAACGCUGAUAAUGAUGUUGCCACCGCUGUAGGCCUUGGUGGCUUUCUUGAUGGUCUCCGUUGGCGACUUCAAGAGCCCGCCCAACGGCGACACGGAUUUCCAAGCUGGUCGUGGACAGGAUGGCAGGGCGUCGUCGCUGGCAUGAAUAAGGAUAGCCGGCCUAUCAACCAAACCUCUGGAUUUGCGAUAGAUAUAUCUGUUAUUCCUGGUGGCCAAGAAGAUGGAGUUGCAGUACCAUGGAGCCUCUGCUAUGAGCAAUUGCGAAUGACAGACGACAGCAACUCGGUCAUCCGAUCAGGCCAACAACACAUACUUGAGAUCACAGCCAGCGCCGCCACCAUCAAGUUUCACAUAGGAGAAUACGAAGGGCGGCCCAAUAUAUUGAUUGGAACAAUUUUCGCUGGGAAUAAGGUAUGGCAGGGUGAGUUCAUUCUUACUAGAAAGGACGAAGACAACAAUGAGAACAAAUUCCUAUGCUCCUUGAUACGGGAGUCAUGGACAGGCAUUGUAUUAGGAAAUUCUCAGAGUCAAAAGCAUACCAACCUUCACGAUACGACACUGUUUGUUAUUCAAGAACAUGAGUAUGAGCAGCGGCAGAGGAAUGCACGGGACCAUAUAUACUGCGAACGUAUUGGCCUGCUUACUCUUCUCCACUGCACACUUGAUGGUAGUUCACUAGAGCAGCGGACCUGGCGGCUUAAAUAA